AAGUGCAAUGGACGGGUAAAAAUUCUCAGUAAAGAGUUGCUUUACAUACAUUAUAAGUUAUUUUCAAAAGUUGUGUUUACAUUCAUUUAAUGUGUUUUAAAUUAUAAAUAGGUUGAUAAAGUUUGUGGUCAAAAAAUAUUUUGAUUACUUGUUCAAACAAAUGUACUGACAGGAGGUUGUUUGGCACUAUUUUGUAAAAAUGGAUUUGUCAACUGGUCAAAAAAUGCAAGAACAAUUUCCAUUUAUCAAAAAUCGAAAUGAGUCAGGUAUACUUAAACCAGCUGCUUCCAAAAAUGAUGUUGAAUUCGAUAUAAUAGACAUUACCAAAAUUAAAUUCGACAGCGAUGAGACAUGGUUGUUUAAAGUCAGUGACACCUGUCCCAUUACAGAUUUGUAUGGCUGGUUACACAAUGAUGAUAUAAAAGAUGAGGAAUAUUUCUUGAGUACAAUGAAAUCGCAAAACGAAAGUCAAAAAAAUUUUGAUUCCAGAACAUUCACACGUCCAAAAAAGAGAUUUACCCGUCCGAGUAUUGAGAAAUACAACGAAGAGGUCUAUGGCAACAGUAGUGACGCACAAAAUGAAUCUUCCGACUGUUCGAGGAAAACUAAUGAUGUUAGUAACAGUAUUAUUCAAGAAACUAGUGAGCCAAUAGCAACUUCAGCUAAACCCCUAAAUUUUGAUUUGACACAACCCACAAACAGUUAUUAUUUUGAAAAUAUUUUGGCAAAUUCUGCAGAAAUUGACUCUUUUCAGAAUAUGUCUCCUCCUAGUCUUGUGAAUUCCAUGUGUUCUUCUACUUUUGCCAACUUAAUGGAAAGCAGUUUCAUUAAGAAUGAUCCAGUAUUAAGAGAAAUUCGUGAUACCGAUUAUACAGAGACCGUUUUGCUGCAAGAUUCAGAACCACCUAUGUUUCAGUCUAUUACAGAAAGUUGUAGCAGUAUUAACUCAGAUACACCUGAAAGUUUUUUGAAAAAAAUGUCUUUUAAUGGAACUUUUCGAAAAAAUACCACAAAGGAACUUGGUCCGUCUUUCGAUAAAUCGAACAACUCGACUAUCGAUUUAAACACAACUUAUGAAAAACAAUUUGAAGUUGCACCAGAAAAUUCAGAUCCAGUCCAAGUUACUAACAAUGAAGAAAUACAUAAAAUAAACAAUCAUCAAUUUUCUAAUUUAAACGGCACAUAUCGUCGCACACCUAAAUCAAAAGGUACCUUCAGAAAGUCCGAUGUAAAAAAUACCACAUUAGCCCUAAACUCAACAUUUGACAUGCCAUCAGAUCAUCCUGUGUCUGACCAUAGCACCACUACCCAAGCCCUUAUAAAAGACUGCAGCCUUAAAAGUUUCGAACAAAACAAUUCAGUGAUAGGCAGUCUAACAAUUUCUAACGAAGACACAGUUGAGGACAUGAAGAAACAGCUCUCUGAAACAGUACAGAUUACCGAUUUGAACAGAUUAAGCUACUGUCUAGAUGAUAAUAUUAGGUUGGACGCCACAUACACCGAAGAAGAUAAUUUAAAUGGAGAAAUUAAUAUAAAGCGAACAUCGUUAGGUUGUUCUACUGGAUCUGCCGACAGUUUGGACAGAAUGAGCAGCUUAUCAAAUAGUAGUCGAGAAUCUAAUAAGAUGCUCAAUAUGGCAGAUCUGGAUGCAAUUGUUGAAAUGCAAGAAAGAAGUCUACAACAAGUUAUGUCAACUCCAAAGACAAUCCAAGGCUCAAAAAAUCUGUGGGAGAACAACUUUAUCUCGCCUAUAAUACCAAACGAACCUUUGUCUGAUUCAGACGUAUCUUCCACGGAUGAAUACAAAAGCGUUAAAUCUACAUUUUCGAAAGCAUCAAUGGAAAAUUACAUUGGCAAACCCGUAAAAAGUAUGAGUUACCUAGGCGGUAACAUUGACACAAAAUUAAAGAACACGUACCGUUCUACAUACACCUUGUCAAGUCAAAAGCCUUUGCAGGUGAUUCCCAACAAUAUAAGGGCUUCCUACAGCAACCUGAGAACAGUUCAAUCAAAUAUACCUGGUUCGCAGGGCAAUCUGUACAAACCCAGUAAUGUUAAAGCUCAGGCACCCUCUUCCAAUCUGAAAACAAUGGGGCAUAGGUUGAAGGGUUCCUACACCAGUUUGAGGCCUAUAAGUGCAAAUUUGCCCAUGGCAUUACCCAUAGUCCCUCAACUGAACACGACAACUACGCUGUCUAAAGCAACAAAUCCCAACGUUACACGGAAUAUCGAGACUCGUUCAAAAGUCGCUGAGGUACCUCCCAUGCCUAGAGGAAAAGUUAAUGUAGCUGGUGAUAACGUGUUUGUUAAACCCCAACAACCUAGAGCUAGUGGCUUGCCUAGACCUACAGGUAUUCCCAGACCUGCCUCGAGAAUACCUGGACCUCGUAGCAAUAUAAGGCCUAUUUCCACAAGAACGGGAAACGUUAGACGGCAAACAAAAGACUUUCCGUGACAGAUAAUAAACCAUGUCAUUUUGUGUGCCUUAUCUUCAUAUCGUAGCUUUUUUAUGUAACAAAUCUAUACUUGACAUGUAACAUAUCCCCAUUAAACUUUUUGUUAUUUA